CAUUCAAUGGUCAGCUGCGUGACUGUGAAGCAGCGACGGCGCUUCGGAAUUCCUAUCCUUUCCGUCUCUUUUCAUUCCGGCACGGCCGCACAAAAACACGGGCGUAAACUCGCAAAGUCGUAGUGUUUUGAAAAGCGUAGCAGUCGAAAUGCGCCUGUCAACAGUAUAAGGAUAAUAAGGAAUCAGUAUUGAAGAGUGACAAAAAUACAUUGGACCACAAUUCGGACAAAAUCAGGCCCUAAAAUGCUUUUAAGCAAUCAGCCGGCCAACACGAAGCCCCAACAAACGCAGCCGCCGUCGCCACCACAGACGCAGAAUUUUAAGUCAAAGCUGCAACAGCAAAUCGCCACAGCAGCAGCAAAUAUCGCCAACGGCGGCAACAGCCAUCAUCAUCCGCUGAACAAUCAUCAUCAUCAUCAUCAUCAGCAGCAUCAGCACAACAUUUCCUUCGCCACGGAUUUCUCAAUUGCGGCGAUUAUGGCGCGCGGCGGAAACGCCCCGAGCAGCCGCGAACCUUCCGAGCGGAGUCUGAGUCCCGCAUCUGUGGAACGAUAUUCGGGCCAGGAUGUGGACGAUGAUGUUGACGUUGAUGUUGACGUUGAUGUGGUCGACUGCAGUGACUCGGAAACGCCGGCGGCAACUGGAGCAGCAGCAGCCACUGCAGCAACAGCGAACGCAGCAGCGGCGGCGGCAGCAGCAGCAUUGCAGGCGCAACAGCAAGCGUGUCAGGCAUUGCGUGUUGCACAGCAACAUCAGCAGCAGCAGCAGCAACAGCAACAACAACAGCAACAACAGCAAAGGCAACAGACACAUCACCACGCAACGGCAAACAAGCAACAACGCCAACAUCACAAUCAUCACAACAGCAACAAUAGCAACAGCAAUCACAGCAAAUCAAGCAGCCAUCGAGGGCGUUCUGCUGCUGCAUCUGGAGCUGGAGCUGGCGCAGCUGCCACGCCCUCGCCGCCCCCGCCCUCGCAGAGUCCCGAGGAAAUCGAGCGCCUGUCGCCGGAGGAGUCACCAGCCCAGCUGCCCACGCCCAAGAUUCUGGGCUCGUGCAAUUGCGACGAUCUCACGCCCGUCCAGUGCCACCUGGAGACGAAGGAGCUGUGGGAUAAGUUCCAUGAAUUGGGCACUGAGAUGAUCAUUACCAAGUCGGGCAGACGCAUGUUUCCCACCGUCCGAGUGAGCUUCUCGGGUCCUUUGAGGCAAAUUCAACCGCCGGACCGGUAUGCGGUGCUCCUGGACAUUGUGCCGCUGGAUUCGCGAAGAUACCGCUACGCCUAUCACCGCAGCUCCUGGCUGGUGGCCGGAAAAGCCGACCCGCCGCCCCCCGCCCGCAUCUACGCUCAUCCGGACAGCCCCAUCAGUCCAGAGGCUUUGCGCAAGCAGGUCGUGUCCUUCGAGAAGGUGAAGUUGACAAACAACGAAAUGGACAAGAGUGGACAGGUCGUGUUGAACUCAAUGCACCGAUACCAGCCCAGGAUCCAUUUGGUCCGUCUGAGCCAUGGUCAGAGCAUACCCGGCAAUCCCAAGGAGCUGCAGGAUAUGGACCAUAAAACCUUCGUUUUCCCGGAGACCGUGUUCACGGCCGUGACGGCCUAUCAGAAUCAAUUGAUUACGAAACUGAAAAUCGAUUCGAAUCCGUUUGCGAAAGGAUUUCGCGAUUCGUCUCGUCUCACCGACUUUGAUAGAGAUCCCAUGGAUGCGUUCUUCUUCGACCAGCACAUGAGGGCAGCUCCUUUGAGAUUCUUUCCGGAUCCUCUGAUGUCCCAGUUGACGCCGCAGGAGGCGGAUGCCGCCUCGCUGGCGCUGCUCGAGAAAGCCCGGCAACACUUACAGAUGUUCGGACGAUCGCCGUACACGGAGAUGCUGCUGCCCCACCUCUACCAGAGAUCGGCGGCCCCACCGCCACCUCCACCGGCCCCGCCACUGAGCGCCUUUCAACUGGGCAUGUGGCAACAGCAGUGGCCUCAGCUCACGGCCGGAUUCUUGGCCAGCGCUAACCAGCAGGCGGCCUUAGCCUUGGCAGCAGCGGGCGCCAACCGGACACCACCGCCGCCGGCAGCCGUGGCCCCACCCGCCCCCGCCACGCCGACCUCAUCGUGUGGCUCGGCGUCGCCGGAUCUGAGGGCACGCCCGCAACUGAGUCACUAUCCGCAGCGGUUUAGUCCUUACCAGGUGCCUCAGCAUCAGGCCUCGCCACCAGCCUCGAAUCGGGCCGAAAGUCCUUAGGACUGGAAUAGCAAAAAUAC